AUGGCAAGGAAGCAGAGGGCGGCUGCUCAGGCAGCUGCACAGUCAAUGCGAACGGCUCCCCCAAGCUUACCCGAUGAGGACGAAGAGAUGGCCGAUGCUCCCCCUACCAGGGAGUCCAGCGCCUCAGCGAACGAGGGCGAUGCUGCGGAAGAGGACCCUCAGGCCGAGCCUCAACCAGAGGCGGAUCAGGAGGAAGAAGCAGCUGCAACGCCAGCCCAGGAAUCCGAUGCGCCUUCGCAGUCAAACACGCCCCAACGCAGUGGUGGCCGGACAUCUGCCAUCCCUCGCAAACGUCGAAUUGGCCGUCCGCCCAAAAAUCGACCUCCGGAUUGGGACACACAAGAUGAGGGAACGUCUGAACGGCAGAUCAGCGUCAGUACCCCUGUGAAAAGAAGACGGGGGCGGCCGGCCGCCAGCGGUGGACGAUGGGCGCGCAACAGAGGAGGGUCACAUGUCACGCAGGUCCAGGUGGAUAAGGACGGGACUAUGAUGGAUGUGGUUGACGAUGAGGUUGUCCUGCCAGAGGAUCCCGAAGGAGAGACGAAGGUGGACAAAAAAUGGAAAUCUACUGGGAGGCAGAGAAUACCGGGUCCGCACGUUCACGAUUCUCGGCCGAGAGAGAUCAUUCCCCAUUCAUACAAGGGCCGCGCGAUCGGUGUCGUUACUGCACGAUCCGUUUUCCGGGAGUUUGGCGCCAAGAUCGUCAUCGGUGGCCGCAAAAUCAUAGAUGAUUACAAUGUCAAGGCGGCGCGGGAACGGGGAGACGUCGAAGGUGAACUCGCGGUACCGGAAGAUAAGCUGCCCCCUCCUGGAGAGCCAUACAACAAGAACCAGUAUGUGGCUUGGCAUGGUGCAAGUGCAGUCUACCAUACUGGAGCACCUUCUGUUCCGUUGCCAAAUGGCAAGGUGGAUGCGAAGAAGCGCAAGGUGACCGUGACGGGCGACAACUGGAUGAUUGAACAUGCAAGGGAAGCAAGCCGUUUCAACUCGGCGAUUCUCAGUGCUCGUCGCGAGAAUCUCGAGGGCGUGUACGAUGUGCACACGAAUUUCAUGCACUAUCCCAAGAUCAUGCAGCCUUCCCAUGCUCGCUGGGAGCGGGUGCCGCCUCCCGAUCCCGGACAUUCGGCCAAACUCAUGGAAGGCAUGUCCUCGUUGCGUUUGACGAAUGGAACUUCCGAGAAGGACGAGACAGCACGUGCUGAGAAACCUGAGCGCCCUUCUACGAGCGAUUCGACUAUUUUCCCUCCAGUCCCUUCGAUCUUCUCCCGCCGCUUCGCCAUUACGGAUAUCUGCUACGAAACGGCCGAGUCGAGCACUUUUGGCGUCCCCGGACCGGAUGGCGAUGUGCACGACAUCGGCAGCAACGGAGUCAUCAGCAUGGCCGAUCCUCAACAUCCGGAGUUUAUGAGUCCGGAUGUGCUUGCAGAGCUGCCGCCUGAAUGCAAGGAUGCACUCGUCGAGGCCGCCACCCGGGAAUGGGCAUGGAAGUCCAAGUGGCGGACGGAAGCCACGGACACCUUGAGAUGCUCGGCUUUGAAGAGCUACGCGUGGUAUCCAUGA